GUGUGUGUGUGUGUGUGUGUGUGUGUGUGUGUGUGUGUGUGUGUGUGUAAGAGCUGACAGAUAUUUCAUUCGAUGGAAGAACGAGGGGACAGAAGUAACAGAACCAGAGAAAACAGGAGGAAGAAGAAGAAGAGCGACAGCAGAACUCGUGGAUGAACAUUUGGAGGAACCGUGUGUCGUUCAGGUGAAGACAGAAAAAUAUAACUCCACCCACAGAUGAGAGCGUCACCCUCAGAGAGGUCCACACCUCCACCGCACCAACAUGGCUGAGAAGAACCUCCCCACUCCGACCUCGGGGUCUUCACCUGCUCACAACGGGACGAUUGGGGUGGUAUCAAAACGCUCUCCAAGUUCUCACCAAAACGGCUCUUUGGAACCGGGACUAGAACGCCAGAGUCCCAGAAAAAGCAGGACUCCAGCCUCCACCUCACCCCUUAGGACCCUCAGGGCUCUUAGAGGCCUCAGAACUCCUGCAACAAGUUCUGGUUCUGAAGAGGCCUCCAGUUCCAGCAGACCCCGGGGCCAGAGCUUCGGCUCUGUACUAAGCUCCAGAACCAGAUCCAUCACCGCUAAAGACAAGGCAAGUGUCUGCUGCUGUAGACCCAGCUGGUGUUCACAGUCUGACUCAGAACCUAUCAAAAGCAGCCACCAAGCAGAACCAGAAGCCCUGUUGGACCUGAUUCUGGAGUCUCAGAGUCAGAGACUGGAUGACCAGAGAGCCAGCCUCAGUCUGCUGCCGGACUCAGAACCAGCUGCCCUCUGUGGGGCCUGCAGUCCUGAUCAGAACUCUGUCCCCAGUUUGGACUUUUACUACAUGCUGAUACACUACCAGUCGGACAGGAUGGAGGACCAGAGAUCCUCCCUUCCACACCUGGAUGAUGUCACGGGUCUGGUUCCCGAAGGGCAGGAGGAUUUCUUCAGUCUGAUCCAGAGAGUCCAGUCCAGGAGGAUGGACGAGCAGAGAGCUUCGAUGAUGCUGAGAUCCAGCGAAGAAGUUCAAGACCUGGAGCCAACUGGCUCCGCCCACCAUCAUCAUCACCAUCACUGAUGAAGACAGAUCAGUUCGUUGGGGGUCUCCUUGUUAAGCCUGAGUCCACAGAUCAGAAUCCAGCCUGUUUGGGUUUACUUCUGUCUCUCACAAAUGAUGUCACCAACGUGUUGCAGAAUGACCUGAGUCAGGACUGUCUGAGACUGUCACAGGACCUGCUGUGUCCCGUGGACUUCCUGUUGGAACCCGGAUGUCCUGAUGCAGGUGUAGUCUGCCAGGAGCUCACCUGUUCGCUCAGCAGACUGUGAGCUGACAGACAGGUCAACUACAGCUCCCAGAAUGCAUUUCAGCUGUCAUUAACUGUCUUUAGUUGGAUCCGUUUCUCAUUAAUUCAGUUCACAUUUAGCUAAUCAGACUCCCACCAGGUCGUCUGCUGCAGCUGAGGAUCAUGGGUAAUGUAGUACUUAUAAAAACAGAAAUGGUGCAAUGUGAGUUUGUGUGAAAACUGCUUCAGCUGUUUGUUUUUGAACAUGUAACAUCUGUAGAAACGUGAUGUUCCAGAGUUGUCUUGUAACUGAGAUAUAAAAUGUUUCUCUAACAAACA